UCCAAUCCAAUCGUCCUCAUCCAUCGUGUUGUGGUUUGUGUGUGUUCGUUCGUGCUUUCUUUGUUCACAGAGAGACUUUUUUCAUUAAAGAAGUGUUUUUGCGGGCCUUUAUCGUCCUUCAAGACCGAGUCCUGAGGUUAGGAAGCUUUUUAGUUAUCUUUUUUGCUCACAAGUCACAGGUGACAAAUGCCUUUAUUAAUAGUCAGUGGAACUUCAGAAGACUGACUGUGAGGGACCAAGGCGAGACUGCAGAAAUUAAAAGGGAGCGUUUUGAGUUUUGAAGACAGCCUUCAAUUAGCAGGAAAGCAAACCCCAUCAUCAGCAAGCCAGACAUCAUGGGAGUCACACCCUGCUCAAGACCAGCCGGUGCAUGACCUUCAAUAAGACACGGACAGCACGGAAUGGAGCGCAAAAAAAUGCAAUUCAGCGAGAGCCGCGGGGAAUUUGGCGUGGGGCGGCGGGCGCCUCCGGGAGGAGUUGGCGCACAUCGGACGGAGGCGGCAGCGCAGGCGACGAGGGCGCGCGCGCCCCGCCACGGCCGCCACCACGCAGCACGGCCGCGAGCCUCACGGCCGGUAGUCCGUCUGUGGCCGCCGCAAACCCUCGCUCGCUCGUUGCUCUGCGCCCAUCGACGCCGUCGCCUCCGCCGCACCUGUCACGUCGCCCCUGCAGUCGGCCCGCAGUGUGCAUCAUGAGGGGCCAUCUCAAGGACCCUGGACCGAGACCCGCGUGGACGCUGCUCUGCGUGUCACUCGCACUCGCCGCCGCCCUCUUCGCCGCGUGCGUCGCCCAACCUGAGGAGAGCCAUGGCAACUGGGACCCUGACGAUCCAGUGAGCACAGUCCGGAUAGAAGCCGUCUUGGGCAGAAACGCGGAGAUGCCGUGCAACAUCGACCCUGUGACGAGAGAUGACCGGGUGUACAUGGUUCUCUGGUUCAAAGAGGCAGCCGGAAAGCCGCUUUACAGUUUUGACGUCCGUGGUCGCCCGUUCAACAAGGCUGCUCUGUGGUCGGACAAAAAUGUUUUUGGCAACCGGGCGUACUUUGCCACUGUCACUAAGCCAGCACAUCUGACGCUCACAAAAGUGCAGCUGGACGACGAAGGAGCUUACAGAUGUCGAGUCGACUUCAAAAAUUCACCCACCAGAAAUUUCCAGAUCAAUCUCACAGUGAUAGUUCCUCCAGAAGAGCUUACGAUUUACGACGAAAAAAGGAACGAGGUGUCUGGAGUCAUUGGGCCGCUCAUGGAGGGUAGCGACCUGCAGUUGGCCUGCGAGGUCAAAGGAGGAAAACCGGUGCCAACCGUAUCGUGGUUCGUCAACGACAAGCUGCAGGAAGGCGUCGUUCCGCUUGAGGAGGAGCAGAUUUCGCCCGGGGUGAUCAUCAACAAGCUGUACAUCAGGGACGUCCGACGCCACCAGCUGCACAACACUUUCAAGUGCCAGGCGUCAAACACGAAAAUGAACCAGCCAAAGGAACGCACCAUCCGCUUGGAUCUUUUCCUGAAACCGCUCUCGGUGCGGCUAUUGGAAAAGCCACGCACCCUGCAGGCCGGAAAACCACACAGUGUGGUGUGUGAGGCCAAAGGGUCACGGCCCAAAGCCGACAUCUCGUGGUUCAAGGACUCCCGGAAGAUUCCCGGUGGCCUGGAGGAGGGCAACGACACAAUAACGCAAAACAUACUGGAGUUCAUUCCGCAGCCAGAAGAUCACGGCAGGCAUUUUAAAUGCUACGCAGAAAACCCGAAGAUCCCAGGUUCGGGAUUGGAAGACAACUGGUUGCUGAAUGUAGUUUUCGCUCCUCAAGUGAGUCUGCAGCUGGGAAAUACGCUCAACCCUGACGACAUCAAAGAGGGCGACGACGUCUACUUCGAAUGCCACAUCAGAGCCAACCCUCGGGAGCAUAAGAUCACCUGGAUGCAUAAUGGUGUCAUGCUCAGCCAGAACGUGUCCUGGGGCAUCAUCAUGAGCACGCACAGCCUGGUGCUGCAGAAGGUGACUCGACACAACGCGGGCGUUUAUCGCUGCGUCGCCAUCAACUCGCAGGGGGAAAGCCAGAGCUCACCUGUCCACCUGCGCGUCAAAUUCGCUCCAGUUUGCAAAGCUCAAGAAGUAAUAGUCGUCGGCGGCUCGUUCAACGAGCAGCUCAGCAUCCAGUGCGAGGUGGCAGCCGACCCUGGCGAUGUCCACUUUGUCUGGAUGUUUAACAAUUCAGGCGAGAACAACCGCGUGUCCGAGGACCGCUUCCACAACCGCAACACAACCAGCACUCUCAGCUACACCAUAAUAUCCGAGAGGGACUACGGGACCCUGCAGUGCUGGGGCACCAACCCCAUCGGCCGCCAAUUGGAGCCCUGCGUCUUCCAAGUUGUCCCCGCGGGUAAACCGUCGCCGUUGCGAAAUUGUUCCUUGUUUAACCAAACCGGCGACUCGCUCGAGGUCGAGUGUGUGCCUGGCUUCGACGGGGGCCUGCCGCAAAAGUUCAUACUCGAGGUGUACGAGGCGCCGUCGAUGCAGCUGCGGCUCAACCUGAGCAGCGAAAUCGCCCCUGCGUUCCGGGUUGCCGAGCUGCUUCCAGGGGCGAGCACCUUGCUCAGGAUGGUCUUGUAUGCGGCCAACCCGAAAGGUCGCGGCGAGCCCACCGUGCUGGACAAUAUCGCCCUGUGGGACGCUGAGAGACGGACAGAUUCAGUGCCCUCUGACGGCGCCGACGCCCUGAGCCUCUUGCCUUUGAUCGCUCUGAUGAUCGGCGCCCUGGUCACAGGCUUGUCCGUGGCCCUGCUCUUUGCAGUGGCGCUUCGCAAGCGGCGCCACAGCGACGGCACCAUUGCCCAGAAGUCGAAGGCACCCAGCGGCGAGCCGCAGGUCAUGGACAUCAACCAUGACCAUUACGUCGUGUCUUACACCCUGAAGAGCAUGCCCGAGCAACCUGAGCAGCGGCAGCCAGACAUUCUCACGGCCAGAUACGAUUCCGCUAUCAACGAGCGGAUGAAACGCCCCGAGGUGUUAUUUCCCCGCAACGGAGACCUGGAAGUUGUGCCCACAUCUGCUUCGGACACAGUCCAUGUGGUCACCUCAAGACCACCACCCGUCCCUCCACGUAGCGAUCUGUCUUCCAACGCAAAUGGGAAUUAUUCUCGCCAAAGCCCUGGGGCUUCAAAUUUUCAGAGUGGCGCUGGACUGUCCGCUGCUCCUCGAAGAGGUUCCCCUGACGCUGGAGACAACAAUGGCUGCGAAUUGAAUGGAUCCCUCAUCAAAGAGACGCUCAUGUCCAACCACAUUCCCGAAAGUUGUGUUUAAUAACCUUCUAUGUCUAAGUGUCGAAUUGAAUGUUGCAUCGCGUUUACUCUAAAUCGACAUCUUGUAUAUUACAAAAAUGUUAAAAAACGGUACCACUUAAAAAUGCUAUUAAUAUAAUGACGAUACAAUAAUUUGAACUGACUGAGUGCAACAAACACGCGGCAGUGGAAGGAAAAUCUGGUGAUAUUAAACAUGUAAGUGAAAAAGGCUUAAGUUUUUCAUAUAAAUAAUAAUUAUGCUCUUUAAAAAUAUGCAAUUACUGUUAUUGCGUUGGUAAAUGAUGAAAGUUUAUUGGACACUGUGUAUGUGUUGACGUGCGAUUUUUAGAAUAAAACACCGUUCGCGCUACUUGCGAAUAUUGUGAAAGUGCGCUUCUCAUUAAAAUAUUGAAGAACCAACAUCAUGGAAUAUGCCAGGUGUGAGCAAUUUUUCUUUUUAGUUCUGAUUAUAUAUUAGAUUCACACAAAACAGUAUUUUACAUGACAAAUGUAGUACAUCAUGAAGAAAAAAAUUGUUAUUAGGGUAGGGUGUUGUCAUGUUUUAGGGUGUAAAAGAAAUUAGUAUGUUUUUCUAGAUUCCAUUGGAAUUUUUUUCAAAUAUGUUUUAAUUUCAAGUAAUACCUUCGGACGUUGUGUGCAAAUGAAAAGUGUGUGUGCAAUCAUUAAAUGGCUUCCCUACGUCCCAAUGCAAAAUGAGAACAAUGAAACUGUAUAUUACUAUAUCGAUAUGAAUAAAUGUUUGCAUUGUUGGUGUGGAAUAAACAGAAAGACACUGCGUGUAUUAACAAAAACCUUUUGCUUGGCAGCAAAGGUCAAAUCUUCCAAUAAUAUUGUAAAAUCUCUUUAUUAUCAGAUAUUUAUGUAAAUAAAACGUAAAAAGAUGUAAGAAGAAAUCUUUGUGAUACAAGUUGAAAAUGCUGUCAAACCAAUGUUUUUGAAAAAUAAAAAAAAUGAAAAUAAAAUUGAUUUCGUAAA